UCAGCUGCAUCGGUCCACCGCGAUCGGUUUCACGUAUCGGGGUGAUUCAGAUUAAAAAAAGACGCGAUCAAAAGUUCGUCGAAGGGGUCGCCUUCGAAACCGAAGAUAUGAAUCUGGUCUCGCCCAUGGAGCUGCAACUGCACCUGCACCAGCAGAUGCUCUACAGGCAGCAGCAGAUCACUCUACAUCAUCACCGGCCAGAGGAAAUGCCUGCUCCUAGUGGCUGGUUCGUCCCUCCGAGUCCUGGCGCCGGACCCUCUUUACCGAGAGACGUUAAGGUGGAGCUGCACAACAAGGAGCUCUGGCAGCAGUUCCACGCCGAGACCACGGAGAUGAUCAUCACGAAGCUCGGACGGCGGAUGUUCCCCUCCGUGCAGCUCUUGGUGAGCGGUCUGGACCGUCGGGCGCGGUACUGUCUACUCCUGGAGGUCGCCCCGGCGUCGCCACGCCGCCACAAGUACGUCGGCGGAGCCGGGGGCGUGGACGGCAGCGGCGCGAGGGGGUGGACUUCGGCAGGGCCUGCGGAACCCCAACCGCGCAUUAAUCGCAGGGUGUACCUUCAUCCCGACAGCCCGGCGUCGGGCGCCCAUUGGAUGCAGCAUCCCAUCAGCUUCAGCAAGCUCAAGCUCACCAACAAUGCCGUGGAUCACCAUAACAACGUGGUCUUGGCCUCGAUGCACAAGUACAUACCAAAGAUCUGGAUAAUUCGAUGCGACGACCUGAACAGUAUGAACAACUUGAGCUCCCAGCCAGCGGCGUCGUUUUACUUCAACGAGACGGAGUUCAUCGCCGUCACGGCCUAUCAGAACGAGAACAUUACUAAGCUGAAGAUCGACAACAAUCCCUUCGCCAAGGGGUUCCGGGAAACCGGCCAGUCGAGGUGCAAGCGGAAACUGCAUCACCUUACUUCCGAGGAUUCCAAUACAGGAUGCGAGGUGCGCUCGCCGUUGGACGACGAAGAAGGGAACGUGUCCUCGUCCGAAUCGGAAUCGAACCGCACAUCGAGUUCCCACGAUGGGCAAAUCGUCGAACAGAGGACGAAGAGGGCACUCAGCGAGGCCGGAAGUUUGGACGACAGUGGAGUCAGCAGUUCCGAUGGAGCCAGUCCGCCCUUGCCUUCGGUGAACUUUCAUCCAUCACCAACGGUGGAGAACAACCAGAACCCUAGACCUCGUCUUCACAGACCUUGGGCCGAUUCGCCGCCACCUCCGCUUCCGAAACCGGCGCCUGCUCAUCAGCAAUUUCCUUUGUUCAAUCCCUUUCUGAUGCCUCAGCAUCAUUUCGCGGCCCUGGAACUAGCGAGGAUUCAGCAGAUACACCGAUAUUACCCUGGACCUCUUAUGACUAAGUUUUAUCAUUAGAAGUAGUAGCCGAAGAGGCUAUCAAUCGACAGACCAUCGAGAAUCGAUGCGUCUGUGUUGAUAAUAGGUAUAGGCGAAGCAGGGAUGGACAUUCAUGAAAUAAUCUUGCAUUUAUUUGUCACUUACUCGUUAUCGCUCGUCCCUGUUUUCGAUGUGGGAUGAAUGUACCACAGAGCCAAAGAAAUUGUUUAGAACUUGCGUGCCAUUUGUUAGUUCCGUAAGAGGGCUUUGAUUUCUUGCUAUUUUUCACUUGAAAAUGUUAAAUGUGCGCGAGGUACUCUUACGGGAAAUGGCUUGCCGAUGUUGGAGGUCGUCUUACUUCCGUCUAUUGUCAGGAACUUCCUAAUGCACUAGGUGCAUACAAUUCAAUGGCUUGUACGGCUCGUUACUGCUGCUGCAUUGUUCACGAGUACCCGCGACCUUCUGCUCGGUUUACACGAAGUUUGUGAGAAGGAGUGCGUCCUCAAUCAAACGCUAAAUUAGAAGACUGUCGUUACACCGCGCCGUAAUUAUCUUCUUUGUAAAAUAUCUUCGUAAAUUUUCUAUGACUCAUGUGCAAUAAUAUGUCUAUACAAGAGAGAUUGUAAGUAAGGGGACAUUUAUUAGGCGAGUGAUCGUUAGGUUAGUUAUAAACACCGUAUUGUUGGAUAGUAAAUAAAUGAUUAAGGUGCAGAUAGUUAAAUGUAAAUUAAGUGGAGGCUUGUAAUACAAUGCGAUAGCAAGGUAUUAUUUUUAUACUUACUCCAACGUCAAGACUUGAUUGCAUUUAUAAUAUUGUUACAUUUCACUCUGUGCCAAUUGUUGCCGUGUUCUUCUAAGGCUGCGAAAAUGAGCUCGAGAAAUUUUAUACAUUCUGUUAUAUAACCGUCUACGAAGAAAAUCGUAUUCUACAGUCUCAGUGUUUCCAUUGCAAUUACCAUGUACCUACAGAUGCGGAUUAUCUGUAAAUAUGAAAGUAUUUCUAAUGUGCCUUAACUCGUUAAUAUUCUGUACAUAUGUUAUAUUUUUAUAACGCCACGAUCUAUAUCUCUAUGCAACCUACGAUACGCGUCUUGAUAGUACGUUCUGUAAAUAGUAUAUAGUUUAUAAUCGUGGCAAGUAGAUUUAAUAACUAUAGCUUAAGCUCGACUUAAGGGUGACUUCCAUUUUUAGUAUUAGAAGUGGGCAAAAUAGUGCGCUGGAAUAUCGACUUCAAUAUUUUGGCCAUUUUUAACCGCGCGAUGGUCCUUUGGAAGAUUCCUCUCAGGCCAUAAGUUGCAACAUAAAAUUGUUAUUCCUAAGUGAUAGUCUAUAAAAAGUGAGGCAGGUUGCCUUUAUGUUUCAUAUUACCGUUGCAAUAAAUUACCUUUUAUACAAAGCUCGGUGCACUUAUUAACCUUCCCGUUGCACGCUAGUUUUCAUUUUCCAACAAUUAUCCGCACAUCGUGCCCCUUGUCGAUCCUAUCUCACGAGAACUGAUGUAAGAGUAAUGACGAUGUAAUUACUUGCAAAUUAAGUAUUCCUCAGGGCUGCUAUUAG